GAGAGAAGAGAGAGAGAGAGAGAGAGAGAGAGAGAUUGCAAGGGAAGGGAAGGGAGGAAGCGGAAGAAGCUUUUUUUACCCUUCCCACGAGCAUUCAGGGGAGAGGGUACGUGCAGGAGCCAAGGUCCAACAAAGCGAUACCUCCUUCUCCUCCUCCUCCUCAUCCUCGUCAUCAGAUUCGCCGCACGCGCACGAUGCAGGAAGAAUUCGAUUGGCCAACCUUAGUGUUAUCAACAUCACCAGAAACAGAAAAUGUUACCUCCAGCUCUGUGAGAAGCACAACCAAGAAUGACGUGGUUAUUCAGCAAGGUUCCAUCUCUUCAUACUGGCCAUGGGAUGUCAUGAAACUUGAAAACGACACCCAUUUUCUGUCUCAUUCUUCAGGAGAUGGGAUGAAAUGCACAAAGGCUGACCAUUUUCUAUCUCAUGCAAACAGGGGUUCAUUGAACUUGGAUUAUCAAGAACAACCUUCAAAGUCCAAUUUUGCUACUGACCUUGGAUCACAUGCAUAUUCUAAGGAAGCCAGGACACUUGGAAGAGUAUAUCAUGGGCAGCAGCCUUACUUUUCCCCUUCAAGCUGUUCUUGGGAAAAAUCUUCUGCAUUAAAAGUAGUGCCAAAUAGUCCAGAUGCAUCAGGGCAUAUAGUCGGGGAAAUGAGAACCAAAACCAACAUCCUCAGUGCAAGGUCAAAUUACCUUUCAUAUCCUACUGAUGUUCCUCAUAUAAGGUAUCGAGAUGAAGUUAAAGUUGAUCUUAGCCAAGAUGAUAAUUCCAAACAGUACAGAAGACCUGAUCAAUUUACUGCCUUCUCAAACUUCAAUGGUCAAUCUUCUGAACACCUUGAGACAGCCAAAGGGGCAAACUACAUGGAUGAGAUCACUCCAAUUUCACGUCAAUGGUGCUUUGAUAAUAGAGGCCCAUCACUACCAAGAGGGCUGGUCUAUGGUGAUGAGAUACCAUCGCUAUCUUCUAAGAAGUGUAAUGGCAAUGUUGCAUCAUCAUAUUCAAGAAUAUGGGAUUAUAGUGCUGAAACCACAUCAGUCAGACAAUGCUAUGGCGAUAAAAUCCCAUCAUUGUCUCACCAUUGGCACUACCGAGAUAAGAUCCCCUUGCAUUCUGGUCAGUGGUGCCAUGAUGCUGAGGCACGCCCAUUGUCGAACUACCAGCAAGGUGCUUCUUAUGGGAAUGGUCGUUUAAGAGAUAAUAUUUCCAGGGGUGGUAGGAAUGAGCAAGUCAACAUUAUCUCAAGCAGACGUACUAUGACAAAACCUAGGGUGGCUAACAAGGUUGUAAGCAGCACCGAUCACUACAAGAUUAAUAAGGAUAACCUAUGGAGAAAUUCUGAGGAUAUAAGGGAUCAAGUUCGUGGCCCCCGGGCAAAUAAAUUAAAUAAUUCUUCAACAUCAUCUAUCAAGAAUAAUGCCAUCCCUCCUUUGGUCUGUAGAGAUCAAAUUAAUAGACCAGAGUUCACAGUUCAGUAUGAGCAUGCAAAGUUCUUUAUGAUAAAGUCAUAUAGCGAAGAUGAUGUUCAUAAAGGUAUCAAAUACAAUGUUUGGGCAAGCACUCCAAAUGGUAACAAUAAGCUGGAUGCUGCUUUUCAUGAAGCUCAGAUUUUAAUGAAGGAGCAGGGCAAAAGGUGCCCUAUAUUCCUAUUCUUUUCGGUUAAUACCAGUGGGCAGUUUGUAGGAUUAGCUGAGAUGUUAGGUCCUGUUGAUUUCAAGAAGACCAUGGACUUUUGGCAGCAGGAUAAAUGGAAUGGAUUUUUCCCUGUAAUGUGGCACAUUAUAAAGGACAUUCCAAAUCGGUUCUUCAAACAUAUAACUCUUGAAAAUAAUGAAGGCAAAGUAGUUACUUUUAGCAGGGACACUCAGGAGAUUGGGCUGCCCCAGGGUCUGGAAAUGUUGAAGAUUUUCAAGGCAUAUCACCAGGGAACAUCAAUUCUGGAUGAUUUUUAUUUUUACGAAGAAAAGGAAAACAUGCGCCAUGCCCAGAAGGGAAGAAAUUUGGAAACAACCAAUCAAGAUUUGUUCUCUGAUGACUUCAGAUCAAUAUCAGUGGAGAAUUUGGAGGCCAGCAUGCAGAGCUUGAGUUUCUAUGAAACUUGGGAGUAAUUUAGAUUGUUCUAGUGUGCAUCCAAAAUCAGUAAGUUGACGAGUCAGUGAAGCAGCUCAAGGCUUGACCCUCCUUUGCAAAAUUGGGUUGAUCCAACGACGGGAUAAUACACAGAUGAAUCCAAACAAUUUUAAUGAUUAUAUAUAUAUAUAGUAUUUUGUGUAGAACCACGUAUGAUUGUGGGUAACCUUAGAACAAGAUUUGAACACACUGAAUGUUUGUAAUAGUUACUUAUCUGGUGGCUACAGUGACUUUCCAUAGACUAGAUGAAUUUGACGAAACUGGCAAGAACAAAGCACAAGUCUGUAGGCAAUAAUGCCAUAUUAUCUGCGUGAACAAUCAUGUUGAUGAAUGUGCAUCUCUUCUGAUGUGUAUGUGAUGUCGGUUUCCUUCC